GGUCCCGACUUGACCUUCUCCACCUGUGGCUCCCCGGCCCGGAGGCAGUGACUCAUCAUGUCCCCUGGGUAGAGGAGCGUUUCUGGGAAGCACGGAAGUCAUGUGCGCACGUAUCCGUGUGCAUGUACCCGGUUUCCCUGUCCUCGCGGACUAGCAAACAUUCAUAAUCCAGUCGCCGACAUUAGUAAUAGUUUAUCUUAAAAAAUGGUUUAGACGCGACUGGCAGUGUCUGGGGAAUAAGGUGCCUACCUGCAACCACCGAGCCCCUCCCAGCCUGCUGGGAUCAUUUCCGGUUUGCUGUCAGUGUGUCCUUUCCAAGCUGCCCUCCUCUCCUGGAGCUCUCAGGCCCCAGGCCGGCUCCCUGCCUCCUGUCAGCUGCAGGCACGUGAGUCCAUUCCUGUGCUGGGCUCUUGCGCCUCUCCAUUCACUUCUCAGCUCCCCUUUGCACAGCCUAGGAGAAGGCAUCGACCUCUCCUGGGUUGGGUGAUGCUCAGAGAGGCCACAAAGUGAGCCCGGCCAGAUGGCGCUGCGCUAGGAGUUGCCUGUUGGUGGAGGAUUGUGACAUUCACUUUAUCUUUAUUCCUCAUGCUUCCACAAACUGCCAAGAUGCCACUUUGUGACAUCUAAGCCAGUUCCCUUUCCCGGGUUUUCAGGGCUAUUUGCCUGCCCAUCAUCAUGGGGGGAUCCAGGUUGCCCCUUGUGUCUCCUCUAGUCUUCAUUGGCUGCCUGCUGCUGUCUGCACCUGUGUUUGGCUACCUGGGCGACCGCCACAGCCGUAAGGCCACGCUGAGCUUCGGCAUUCUGCUGUGGUCCGGGGCGGGCCUCUCCAGCUCCUUCAUCUCCCCACAGUACCCGUGGCUCUUCUUCCUGUCCCGGGGAGCUGUGGGUACCGGCACUGCCAGCUACUCCACUAUUGCGCCCACGGUCCUGGCUGACCUCUUUGUGAAGGGUCAGCGGACAGUCGUGCUGGCUAUCUUCUACAUCUUCAUUCCUGUCGGAAGUGGUCUGGGCUAUGUACUGGGAUCGGCCGUGACCAAGCUGACGGGGAGCUGGCGUUGGGCCCUCCGCAUGAUGCCCUGCUUGGAGGCCGUGGCCUUGAUCCUGCUCAUCCUGUUGGUCCCAGACCCACCCCGAGGAGCUGCAGAGAAGCAAGGGGAGGUGGCCGUGCAGGCCCUGAGGAGCAGCUGGUGUGAGGACGUCAGAUAUCUGGGGAGAAACUGGAGCUUUGUGUGGUCAACCCUCGGAGUGACAGCUAUGGCUUUUGUGACAGGAGCACUGGGCUUCUGGGCCCCCAAGUUUCUGUUUGAGGCCCGUGUGGUACAUGGACUGCAGCUGCCCUGCUUCCAGGAACCGUGUGACAGCUGGGACAGCUUGAUUUUUGGGGCCGUGACGGUUGUGACUGGCAUUAUUGGUGUCAUCCUGGGAGCAGAAGCUGCCCGGAGGUACAAGAAAGUCAACCCCCGGGCUGAACCCCUCAUCUGUGCUUCCAGCCUGCUGGCCACAGCUCCUUGCCUAUACCUGGCUCUUGUCCUGGCCCCGACCACCCUCGUGGCCUCUUAUGUGUUCCUGGCUCUGGGGGAGCUGCUUCUGUCUUGCAACUGGGCAGUGGUGGCUGACAUCCUGCUGUCGGUGGUGGCGCCCAGGUGCCGGGGGACAGCAGAGGCGCUUCAGAUCACAGUGGGCCACAUCCUGGGAGACGCCAGCAGCCCCUAUCUCACCGGACUUCUCUCCAGUGCCCUGCGGGCCAGGCGCCCUGACUCCUACCUCCAGCGCUUCCUCAGCCUGCAGCAGAGUUUCCUGUGCUGCGCCUUCGUCAUUGUCCUGGGUGGCGGCUGCUUCCUGCUGACCGCACUGUACCUGGAGGGAGACCAGGCCCAGGCCCAGCAGCCUGGCACAGGCGUCCUUCUGGACAUCCAGCAGCACUUUGGGGUCAAGGACCGAGGAGCGGGCUUGCUGCAGUCAGUCUUCAUCUGCAGCUUCAUGGUGGCGGCCCCCAUCUUCGGCUACCUGGGGGACCGCUUCAACAGGAAGGUGAUCCUCAGCUGCGGCAUCUUCUUCUGGUCGGCAGUCACCUUCUCCAGCUCCUUCAUCCCCCAGCAGUACUUCUGGCUGCUGGUCCUGUCCCGGGGUCUGGUAGGCAUCGGCGAGGCCAGCUACUCCACCAUCGCGCCCACCAUCAUCGGCGACCUGUUCACCAAAAACACGCGCACGCUCAUGCUGUCUGUCUUCUACUUUGCCAUCCCACUGGGCAGUGGCCUGGGCUACAUCACUGGCUCCAGCGUGAAGCAGGCGGCUGGGGAUUGGCACUGGGCCCUUCGGGUGUCCCCCGUCUUGGGCAUGAUCACAGGGACACUCAUCCUCAUCCUGGUCCCAGCCACUAAGAGAGGCCACGCUGACCAGCUUGGGGGACAGCUCAAGGCUCGGACCUCGUGGCUCCGAGACAUGAAGGCCCUGAUCCGGAACCGCAGCUACGUCUUCUCCUCCUUGGCCACGUCGGCUGUGUCCUUCGCCACAGGGGCCCUGGGCAUGUGGAUCCCACUCUACCUGCACCGAGCUCAAGUUGUGCAGAAGACCGCAGAGACCUGCCACAGCCCCCCCUGCGGGGCCAAGGACAGCCUCAUCUUCGGGGCCAUCACCUGCUUCACGGGUUUCCUGGGUGUGGUCACAGGUGCGGGCGCUACCCGCUGGUGCCGCCUGCGGACCCAGAGGGCCGACCCACUUGUGUGUGCCGUGGGCAUGCUGGGCUCCGCCAUCUUCAUCUGCCUCAUCUUCGUGGCGGCCAAGAGCAGCAUCGUGGGCGCCUAUAUCUGUAUCUUUGUUGGGGAGACGCUGCUGUUUUCUAACUGGGCCAUCACCGCGGACAUCCUCAUGUGCGUGGUCAUCCCCACCCGACGGGCCACUGCUGUGGCCUUGCAGAGCUUCACCUCCCACCUGCUGGGCGACGCAGGGAGCCCCUACCUCAUCGGCUUUGGUGAACCAGCUGGUGCUGCCGCGCCCACCUAUGAAGGUCUGAGGCGGUGCCGCUGGGACGAGGAACCCGUGCUCUCACCCAGUCUGGGAAGUGUUCUACAGUACCCCAGACCUGCAGAGCUGUCCCAAAGCUUUCUGUGUGACCAACUAGGGACUCACCCUUCCUGGUCCGGGACUGCUGAGUGGCCUUGCGUGGAAGAAGCCACAUCUGUUAACCUGAAAGGCUGUGUGUGCUGGGGCAGGCUGGAUGGAUUGUCAGCCCGGAGUCUAGGUUGCCGAGCCCCUGGGUUUGGGCUGCAGGACCCCUGGAACCCAGGGAGAAGGCACCUCCAAGUGGGUGUAUCCGGAGACCCUCACCUGCCACCAGCUUACAUGAUCUUGGGCAAGUCCCUGCCCACCCUCCACUGUGGGGCCAGGGAGCUGGACUUUCUCUCACACUGUGCUGGGCAAGGCACCACCUGCAGGUUUGAAGACCCAGCGGAUCCUGUACCACACAGGGACGAGAUAGCCCAGCCCUCAGGGCUGCAGUUCAGGUUCUGAAGCUCUUGAAAGCGCAGGGACCACUAUCCCUUAGCUGGGCUUCUGACUUUGGGGUCACUGGACUUGGGCUGGCACCUGGCUGGAGUGCAGCACUCUUCACUUGGUGCUUCCUGGUCUACUGGUCACCCUGGGGGACACUCUUUGCUGCCUUGGGCUGGCUCUUCAUUUAGAAACUUCCCAGGCUGGGACUCCUUCUCUAGAGAGCUGGCAUCCCCAGGGGUGAAGGCCCUGGCGACAGCCACACUGCUUGCACCCCCGGUUUGAGAUGUUGGGAACCAGCUGCCAGUGUGUGUUUGCAAGGACCCUUGUGGGUCUCAGAGCAUCUCUGCUGACUUUGCAGAAGCCCAGAGCCCACUCCCAUCUUCAGGUUAGGCUGAGCUUUUUUCAGGGGCCCACGCCCCCAGAAUCCAUGAGGGUUAAUAGCCAGGGCUCUAGCUGCUGGAAGAAGCGGCUGUGCCCUCAGCUUCCUGCUCCAGGGGACGAGCUUGGCAGAGGGAGGAUGCCACCCUGGCCACUGCUGCCGUAGCUCCGUGACUCCCUGAUCCUGGGCAAGCUUUGGUCAUCCCAUUCCUAUUUACACUCCCACCCGCUGCAGCCACCCACCAGGCUACAGCUGUCACCUGCAUACUGGUCCCCUGGAGGAGCUUGUGCUCACCACCCCACAAUCCCCACACAUCCGCUGCCAUCAUGGUCGUAGGAAACCCAAGAGCCAGCUGGCCACUGUUCCCUCUGCCCCUUAGUUGCUGGCUGGCUGUGGCUUCAGUGGGCGUGUUAGCUAGUGGAACACCCACCUUACCGAGCUCUGGGGCGCCCUGCGGACCGGACACAGGGGAGGUAUCCCCCAAAAGACCAGUCUAGCCUCCAUUCUACCCUCGCCUGGGGCCCCAGCAAUGUAUUCUUGUUGUACAAGAACCAGGUCCAAGUGUUGCCUCCUCUUCCUUCCGGAAGCCAAACUGCUCCUUUAUUUUUUAAGAGCUGCUGAUUGUGAAUCUCAGAAUAUUAAAGAGAAGCCAAAUAUAUUCCUCUUGUAAAUGAAGAAAUAAACCUAUUUAAAUGAG